AUGAAUAGUGAGCCGAAGGGUAAAGGAAAAAUCAAAACCGGAGAAGAUUCAAAAUCGAAGGCAACGGUAAGCACAGCAGCUAGUACAAGCAUACACGAUACACCGACACCGCCGAUUCUGAAAAUGACGGAGAUUCCAGGUUCUUUUAGAAUUGAAACAUACGAUUCAACGAAACAUAAAUGGAGUACAUGGUUACAGAGACUCGAAGGAGCAUUCGCAGCUUUCGAAAUUACAACUGAAACAAAAAAAAGAACCUAUUUACUUCAAUACAUAGGUAUUGAUACAUACAUGAAACUAGAUAACGCUAUGGAUGGCAUAAAUCCGUACCUUACAGCAUUAGAUACAAUAAAGGAAAAGUUGAAAUCAAUUCUAGAACCGGAACCUCUGGAAGCGGCAGAGAUCUUCGUUUUCCAUCAGCGGAAACAGCUAGAAGACGAAUCAAUACGUGAUUUUGUCAAUGAUUUACAUAAAUUAAGCGCCAAAUGUAAUUUUGGAACAUAUUUGAAAACGGCUUUACGUACGCAACUUAUAGCAGGGUUACGUAACCCAAAUAUUCAAGCGAGACUGUUAGAAACACAAAACUUGACCUUCGAUACGGCGGUUACCACAGCUAUUACAAUGGAAAUAGCCGAAAGCAGUACGCGGCAAUUACGUAAUACAAACACGAACGCAGAGAGCAUACAAUACAUAAAUUCCGACGAAAAUCGGCACAAGAUCGGUACGCACAGAAAAAAUUAUCAGAAGAGAAAUCCAGAUUCCGCAAAGCUUUUGCCGAAAAAUUCAAAAACGAACGCCAAGAGUUCAAAUUCUUACGUACACGGACAAAAUUCAAGGAAAAUUGCAAAAUCCAGGAACAUUAAUUGUUAUCGUUGCGGAAAAGAACAUUACGCCAGCGAAUGUACAAUAAACAAGAAUGUUGAAUGCAAUUUUUGCAAGAAGAAAGGGCAUCUAUCACGGGUUUGCUUCGCGAAGAAGAAGGAAUCUGCGAACACGGUGGAAGAGAUAUGCACAAUCGACAGCGCAGCAGCAAGGGAGAAAUUCGUCCUGCAGGUCCUAGUGGAGCGCUAUCCAGUGGAUUUCGAAGUGGACACGGGUGCUGCCGUAAGUUUAAUGAGCGCAGAACAAGCGAAAAGUCUCUUCCCUAAACAUAAGGUAUACAAUUCAAAUAUUAAGCUACAAUCGUUUAAUAAAGAUCCAAUCGAUACGGUCGGUUAUAUUAAAGUACAAGUAGAAUUUAAGACGCGUAAAAUCUCUUUGAAUUUAUAUAUUGUUCGAAUACAAUGUAAGCCCUUGCUGGGAAGAGAGUGGUUCCGAGAACUAAUACAUACAGACAAUCUGUUCAAAACAAAAGAGGUCAGGAUAAACUCUGUACAUACAGUAAACGAUGAGCAAAUCAUACAGAAUUUAUUACGUAAUUACGACAUUUGUAACGAACGAGUAGAACCAAUAAAAUUUUACACGGCAAAAUUUACACUUAAAGACAACGCGAAACCAAUUUUUAUUAAACAUAGAAGCGUUCCUUUCAAAUUGCAAGAUAAAAUUAAGAGAGAACUCGAUAGUUUGGUUGCUAAACAAAUCUUUAUUCCAGUCAAAUCAUCAGAAUGGGCUACACCCAUAGUGCCUGUUUUAAAAAAAGAUGGAACGGUCCGUAUUUGUGGGGAUUACAGCGUAACAUUAAAUAAGAAAUUAGUAAUCGAUGAAUACCCUCUUCCCAGACUCGAAGAAUUAUUUUCUUGUAUGGCGGGUAUGACAGUGUUCUCUAAAAUAGAUUUGAAACAUGCGUAUUUGCAAUUACAAGUAAGCGAAGAACAACAGAAUUUGUUGACGCUUUCAACUCAUUGCGGACUUUACAAACCUACGAGGCUAAUGUUCGGAACAGCGUCCGCUCCUGCCAUAUGGCAACGUACGAUAGAAGGAAUUCUUCACGAUAUCGACGGGAUAAAAGCUUUCCUAGACGAUAUACGUAUUGCAAGUCCUACAAAGAAGGAACACAUUGAAAAACUAAAUUUAGUUUUUAAACGAUUGCAUGAUCAUAAUAUUCAGAUUAACUUAGAAAAAUGUGAAUUUUUCAGAAGUAGUAUUCAUUUUUGCGGGUACAUAAUCGAUAAAAAUGGAAUCAACAAAGAUCCAUCAAAAUACGCGGCAAUUAAAGAUAUGCCUCACCCGAAAAAUAAAUCGGAAGUACGGGCGUUUCUUGGUUUUGUCAACUAUUACGCACGAUUUAUUAGAAACUUGUCAACAAUUUUACACCCUAUAUACAAUUUGCUAAAAGAUAAAGUUCCUUUCAAUUGGAAUAAACAAUGUGAAAACGCAUUCAUUCAGGCUAAACAAGCUUUCUGUGAAAAUAAAAUUCUCGCGCAUUAUGACCCGAAAUUACCGUUAAUUCUAGCCGUUGAUGCAAGUAGUUACGGGGUCGGCGCGGUACUUUCUCAUAUUUAUCCCAACGGAUCAGAACGAAUCAUUCAAUGCGCAUCCCAAAAGCUAAACAAUGUACAACAGAAAUAUGCAAAUAUUGAUAAAGAAGCAUACGCGAUCAUAUUCGGAAUAAAGAAAUUUCACCAGUACUUAUUCGGUACGAAAUUUACACUGAUUACGGACAAUCAAGCGUUGACACGCAUUUUCUCGCCGGAUAAGAAUUUACCUACAUUUGCAGCGUUACGUAUGCAACAUUAUGCAUUAUUUUUACGCGCGUACAACUACGAAAUACGCUAUAAAAAUUCAGAAAAGAACGCCAACGCGGACGGCUUAUCUAGGUUACCGUUAGAUAAUGAAAAUAAUAAUUACGAUGUAGCUCACAUUUUUCACGUUGAAACGAUCGAAUCCCUACCUAUUACAGCGAACGAAAUUGCAGAACUUACAAGAACGGAUGCAGAAUUGCAACAAAUUUACGAGGCAAUUACAAAUAAAAGAACUCGAUCAAAAGAACAAAAAUUCAAUCUAGAGGAAUUCUCUAUUUGCAACGAUGUAAUUUUACGCAACGAUAGAGUAAUCGUACCCGUGAAACUCAGGAAAAGAAUGUUGACCGAGUUACAUUGGGGACAUUUUGGCAUCGUUAAAAUGAAGAAUUUAGCUCGUACUAUAGUAUGGUGGCCUUCGAUGAAUAAGGACAUUGAGAAUCUGGUAAAAAAUUGUACAAUUUGUAAUUUACAUAGGAACAACCCAGCAAAAAUAACGGAAGAACGUUUACAUCGAGAGAAUUCAAGAAUUUCAUGCGUGAAAUAA